CAGCACCUUAUUUGCAUGUUGAUGCCAGACCACAUUACGGAUACACCGUUAUUACGACGAGUGAAAUUCUGGAUAUUCACGCUAGAUUGGGAUGGGUGUCGUUUUGAUGAAAUGUUGUUUUUCUUGGUUGCCUGCCUCACUGGGUGCUUUCUUGAAGCGGUGGCUGUAGAUUAUCCAGGUAAAACAUCUUGCCAUGAGGAUAAGGUGCAAGUCUGGUUUCCCAAGGAAUUGGCGAACUCAACAUCCUGGCAAGUGGAAAUUCUUGAUACCAAUGGCGAAGAAAUGGAAGAUUGUCACUAUCACCUGGACUAUGAAAAGCAAGUGCUGACUGCGGUGUAUGUGAACUGCACAAAAGAGGAGCAUAAGAGGCAUCAUCUGAGGUUUCAAGUGCAGUUCAACGACACGGUAACAUGGGGCUUGGAAGAAGAAAUCUAUGAGGUCAACUGUGAGGUGGUCCAAGCAGAUGAGCCCUCUCUCCCUAGCACCUUCAUCAGUGCUACGAACUGCACCAAAGACUUCAUGGCUGUUGCCUUCCCGAGACUCAUUCCCAGCUUCCAUGAUGAAUAUGCGACGGCAGAAUCUCGGAUGGAGUGGGUUGUGUCAAUCGAUGAUGGGACGCAGACGCACAGGUUAAGCCUCAGACAAGCCAUGCAACAGGGCUACACCUUCCUAACGGAUGGCAAUCUUAUUGUCUUCAGAGCCCCAUUUAAUGCUGCAGGAGUUACGACAUACCAGCAAGAUGGCCGAGUGCUGUACACUUUGGCGGUCAAGCUGACCUAUGGGCCUCCUGAACAGCGCCUGACUGUGGAAACAAGAAUGAUCUGUGUCCCAGACCCAGCAACCUGCAACUCGACACACAUGACGAUUACCAUCCCACGUUUCCCAGCAACGUUGACUGCUGCUACGCUAGACAACAAGGACAUUCCACUCCACCACCUGCAAACCAAUGGAAUCAGUGUCAACACAAGGAUGGGGUUAAAGCUGUACAUCAGCAAGCGAGCCCUGAAGUCUCGGAUCUACAGCGAUGAUGAUUGCUCAGGCUUUCAGGCGUAUGCCUCAUCCCUGAAAUUGAGUUUUGAUUACCGUGGCACAAUGACAACUAUGGUUACUUACCCAGAGUGUCCUUGUGAGCCAAAUGCACCAAUAGCUGCUGUAUGCACCCAAGACGGCCACAUGGACUUUGAUGUGUUUAGUAGCAGCACAAAGCCGGCACUGAAUCUCGAUACACUCAAGCUUAAAGACCCCACCUGCAAGCCCGUUGUCAGAUCUCCUUCAAAUGACGUGGUUCGGUUUCGUGUGCCGUUGAAUAAGUGUGGGACUACGCAGAGGUUUGAUGGGGAGAAGGCUAUUUAUGAGAAUGAAGUCCGUGCACUGUGGGCAGAUCUUCCACCUCACGGGAUUUCCAGAGACAGUGAAUUCAGGUUAACAGUGAUGUGUUCCUAUGGUAGUGAUGAUGCCUCAGUGAAUUUGAAGAUCAACAGCCUCCCUCCCCCUGAGUCUGUCGUAAACCAAGGUCCCCUCUCCUUGAUCUUUCUCAUCUAUCCAGACGGCUCUUACACAGCCCCGUACAACGCCGACCAAUAUCCCAUCGUAAAAUACCUGCGACAGCCCAUUUUCUUGGAGGUCCAAGUGCUCAGUCGUAAUGAUCCCAACAUCCACUUAAUGCUAGAUGACUGCUGGGCUACUCUGUCGCUGGAUCCGGCCUCCUUGCCACGCUGGAACAUUGUGGUGGAUGGGUGUGACUAUGAACUCGACAACUAUAAAACGAUAUUCCAUCCUGUGGGCCCUCUGGUCAGCUUUCCCAACUUCCGUCAGAGAUUUGAAGUGAAGGCCUUUGCCUUUGUUUCUGGUGGCAAAGCGCUGCCCAGCCUAGUAUACUUUCACUGCAGCGUUCUCAUCUGCGAUAAGCUUCAUCCAGAUUCGCCUUUGUGUUCGACCAGAUGUCCUCGUCCUUCCAGGAAUAGACGAGAUGUGGCAGCAUCAGAAAAUGCUGCCGUGGUGACUCUUCCUCAUGCUGUCAUCUUGGUACCUCAGGAGCAAUUUGAGAUUAAAGGCCGACAGACGUGGAGUAGUGGAACAUGGGUAACCGCUACACUGGUGACCGGUGUGAUGCUUUGCCUCCUAGCCAUAACAUUAGCCAUACUAGGUUGGUUCAAGGUUCAGAAGCGAACUGUCUUGAUAAACUGAAUAAAAAUGAAAUCCAAGCAA